AUGAGCCUUGCUGCACCAUUUAUCUUCACUUGCAUAUUGAUCUUCAUUUUGUUUGGCAAUGGUAAAGCCAAGGACUGUGUUGCUAAUGGUCCAUAUGCAUCAAAUAUUGCACAUACCAUCACUGUUAAAGUUCCCAGAGACAAGCCCUGCAUCGUACUUGAAGGAAAUACUGGUACUAUAAUUUCAUGGAAUGCAUACACAGCCGUCGAUAAGAGUGCUACUUUCACUUCAGAAGCUGAUAACUUUGUAGCAAAAAAUAUAGUCUUCAAGAACACUUAUCGUCAACUACACAUAAACGAUGUGCAGCAGUCCGUUGUAGUAGAAGUAACAGGAGACAAAGCAUCUUUUCAUGGAUGUAGUUUCUAUGGAUAUCAAGAUACAUUAUGGGAUGCCCUAGGUCGUCAUUACUUUCAAAACUGCUUUAUUGAAGGCGCGAUAGAUUUCAUCUGGGGGAAUGGCCGGUCCAUAUAUGAGGGAUGUACAAUAUCUGUUCUUCCUUUCGAUGGAGGCCGGUUAGCAGGGUUUAUAACAGCUCAGGGCCGAAAAUCGGCUGAGGAGAUGACUGGAUUUGUAUUUAAAGCAGGAAGAGUAGUUAAAAAUGGAAACGCACAUUCCUAUCUUGGCAGAGCUUAUGGAGCUUAUUCAAGAGUAAUUUGGUAUGACACAAAAUUCUCAGAUGUUGUAGUCCCCCAAGGAUGGCAAGCUUGGAACCAACACGAGGAAAAUCUUGAGUAUGCGGAGGUUAAUUGCCAUGGACCGGGGUCAAAUUUAUCCAAGCGUGUGAGAUGGUUAAAGAAACUAGGUGAACAAGUUGUACAGAAGUUUACAAAUAUUUCUUACAUUGACCAAGAUGGAUGGUUGGCCAAUCAACCCUGA